GUGGUUCAGACUCCGAACACUAGCAGGCAUCGAGUUCUCACAGGCAGGCAAAGAGAAACUCCCAGCAUCCAAAGCAGAACUGCAGAUAGAGCUGCUCCAAACAAUGGAGAGUUUUGCCCAGGAGCAUGUCAUCGGAAUUCCUUUGGCUUCGUUUGCAUAUGCCCAAGAGGAAACGAAAGGGAAACCUUCCUGUUCUGCCUUGCUUAAUAAGAAGAAUAAGAAGGGUUCCUUCAUUUACCGGAUGAGCAAAUUGAGCCAGAAAACAGAUAGCUACAUGCAAGGGUUCAAAGAACACUUAACCCUGGGACCAAAAUUUUCAGAAACUAUCAAAGGGAAAGUUAGCUUCGGAGCAAAGGUUCUACAAGCUGGCAGCAUUGAUAAAGUCUUCAGGGAAUACUUUGAAGUCGAGAAAGAUGAGAAAUUAUUGAAGGCUUUCCAGUGUUAUCUUUCAACCACAGCUGGUCCAAUAGCUGGAAUGCUUUUCAUCUCAACUGAGAAGAUAGCAUUCCAUAGUGAUAGGCCUCUGAGUAUAGCGUGUUCCAAAGGAGGCAAGACAAGGGUGCCCUACAAGGUGUUGAUCCCCACAGAAAGGAUAAAGAGUGCUUCAGUGAGAGAAAAUAUGUACAAUCCUGACGAGAAGUAUAUUGAUGUAGUUACUGUUGAUGGCUUUGAUUUUUGGUUUAUGGGUUUUAUUAGCUACGAGAAGUCCUUCAGAUAUCUUCAGAAUGUAAUUUCGGAGUUGAGAUGAUACACGUAGUUCUGUAGUCUGAAACAUACUGCAUACCAUGCUGAUAUGGUAUAUGUACAUUAAAACACAGAAUUGAUAAAUCAAAUUGAAUUGAAAACAAAUUUUUUCA